UCAUCUUAUCUACAUACUCUCACUUCCAGCUUCCGAGUUCCAACUGAGUUGACGACUCGUUCACACGCAAAAUCUGGUCAUCACAGUGCUAUUCUGUUCUUCUUACUCUUCAAUAUCUGCAGGUGGAAGUUCAUCACAGAGGUGGGAGUGUCGGUGGCAGCAAAACUUGCUGAAUAUUUGGUAGAUCCAACUUUACGACAGUUGCAAUAUUUGUUCUGUGUCAGAAAAAUCACCACAAAUGUUGAGAUCGAUAAGGAGGAGCUCAUACUCAAGCAAGGGAGAGUGAAAGAACGUGUUCAAGAGGCCAUUAACAGGACUGACAGAAUUGAUGAUGUGGUUAAAAAGUGGAUGAAUGAUGUGAAAAGCCUGAUAGCAGAGAUGGAGAAUUUGGAGGAAGAGCUAAAGGCCAACAAUGGCUGCCUUCGACAGUGGUGUCCUACUUGGAAGAGAUAUUGUCUUUGCAAAAAGUUGGCCAAGACAACUCAAAGAAUGAUAGACCUAAAUGCAAAGAGUGAUCAUUUUAAUCCAUUUUCUCAUCCUAUUAUUGCUCUAGAUAUAGAGUACCACUCUUCUCAAAAUUUUGAGUUCUUCAACUCUACAAAAAUGGCUUUUGAUCAAUUGUGGAAGGCGUUGCAACAAGAUGGCAACUUCAUAAUUGGGCUAUGGGGUAUGGGUGGUUCAGGGAAAACUACCUUGGCAACAGAAGUAGGAAAGAAAGCCAAAGAGUCAAAGCUAUUUGAUCGAGUUGUGAAAACUACGAUUUCUCAAAGCUUGGAUAUGAGAAGAGCUCAAGGUGAAAUUGCCGACAUGUUGGGACUUAAAUUGGAGGAAGAAUCUAACACUGGAAGGGCAAAAAGAAUAGCACUAAGAUUACAAAGUGGAGAAAGAACUUUGAUAAUAUUAGAUGAUGUAUGGGCUAAGCUGAACCUUGAGGACAUAGGGAUUCCUAUUGAGGGAAAUCAUCAAAAAAGUUGCAAAAUUGUCCUAACCACACGGCGCCUAGAAGUAUGUAUUUUGAUGGGUUGCCAAAAGGAGAUUCAACUUCAGUUGUUACAAGAAAAUGAAGCUUGGGCUUUGUUUCAAGCUCAUGCUAAUGUGGAUGAUGCAGCUCAAGAAGUUGUGGCACAAGCAAUUGCUAAGGAAUGUAAGGGGCUACCCAUUGCAAUUAUAGCUAUGGGAACUUGCUUGAAAAGAAAAGGUGUUGAUGAGAUGAAAGUAAUGCUGGACAGGUUAAGGAAUGCGAAACCAAACAAUGUGGACAAAGGUGUGAGAGAUGUUUUUGCUUGUCUUGAAUUAAGUUAUGAUUAUUUGGCAAUGCCAGAAGCCAAGCUGCUAUUGAUAAUGUGUGCUAUGUUUCCAGAAGAUCAUAAAAUUGACAUUGAAGAUCUUUUUAGAUAUGGAGUGGGGUUAGGCCUAUGUAGAGAUCUAAACUCAUUUGAAAUAGCAAGAAGACAUGUUAAAGCAGCCAUAAAUAGUCUCAUUGACUCCUCACUAUUGAUUAUGCAUUCUCCAGAGAUCAACAAACAUGAGCAAGAAUAUGUGACAAUGCAUGACAUGGUUCGCGAUGUAGCUUUGUGGAUAGCAUCUAAACAGGAUCAUACGAUUAAGGUAAACUAUACAAAAGAGCUGAAUGAAUUUCUUGAUAAUGAAGCAAUAAAAGAUUUCUAUGCUAUAGCUUCAUGGUAUGACUUGAUGGAUUACUUCAAUUUCCUUCUCGAUUGGAUGCUCCAAAGCUUGAGAUUUUUGUUUGAUUCAUCAACAACCUUUGAUUUAUCACUUGCAUCAUUUGAAGGUACAAAAGAACUCAAGGUUUUUGCUGUGAUUCAUAGAUAUAGCUAUCCUUCUCUGAUGAAAAAGCCUCAAUCAAUCCAACAAUUGUCUAAUCUUCGAACCCUAGGUUGCAACAUGGGAUUUAGGUGA